AGUGCCGACGACAGCCCAGGGUCUGGGAACAUGGCCAGAAGGGCUCUCAAGCUUGCUUCUUGGACCAGCAUGGCUCUUGCUGCCUCUGGCUUCUACCUCUAUAGUAACAAGUACCUGGACCCUAAUGACUUUGGUGCUGUCAGGGUGGGCAGAGCAGUUGCUACGACAGCUGUCAUCAGUUAUGACUAUCUCACUUCCUUGAGGAGCGUCCCCUAUGGCUCAGAGGAGUACAUACAGCUUCGAUCCGAGGUGCACCUCCGUUCUGCCAGGCGUCUCUGUGAGCUCUGCUGUGCCAACCGGGGCACCUUCAUCAAGGUGGGCCAGCACCUGGCAGCCCUAGACUACCUGUUGCCUCGGGAGUACACGAACACGCUGAAGGUGCUGCACAGCCAGGCCCCGCAGAGCAGCAUGCAAGAAGUCCGCCAGGUCAUCCGUGAGGACCUGGGCAAAGAGAUCCAUGAGUUGUUUGUGAGCUUUGAUGACACCCCUAUGGGAGCUGCUUCCCUGGCCCAGGUCCAUAAGGCUGUGCUGCGUGAUGGGCGGACGGUGGCUGUGAAGGUCCAGCACCCAAAGGUGCAGACACAGAGCUCGAAGGACAUUCUCCUGAUGGAGGUGCUCGUCCUGGCUGUCAAGCAGCUGUUUCCAGAGUUUGAGUUCAUGUGGUUGGUGGAUGAAGCUAAGAAGAACCUGCCUUUGGAGCUGGAUUUCCUUAAUGAAGGGAGGAACGCGGAGAAAGUGGCCCAAAUGCUCAAGCACUUUGACUUCUUAAAGGUCCCCCAAAUCUACUGGGAUUUGUCCACCAAGCGGGUCCUUCUGAUGGAGUUUUUGGAUGGUGGGCAGGUCAACGACAGAGACUACAUGGAGAGGAACAAGAUUGAUGUCAACGAGAUCUCGCGCCACCUGGGCAAGAUGUACAGUGAGAUGAUCUUUGUCAAUGGCUUCGUGCACUGCGACCCCCACCCAGGCAAUGUGCUGGUGCGGAAGAGCCCGGACACAGGAAGGGUAGAGAUUGUCCUGUUGGACCACGGGCUCUACCAGGUACUCACGGAGGAGUUCCGCCUGGAUUACUGCCACCUCUGGCAGUCGCUGAUCUGGACUGAUAUGAAGAGGGUGAAGAAGUAUUGCCAGCGCCUGGGAGCUGGCGAUUUCUAUCCCCUGCUUGCCUGCAUGCUGACGGCCCGCUCGUGGAACUCGGUCAACAGGGGCAUCAGCCAAGCUCCAGUCACCGCCACUGAGGACUCAGAGAUCCGCAACAAUGCAGCCACCUACCUCCCCCAGAUCAGCCAGCUCCUCAACCAAGUCCCACGCCAGAUGUUGCUCAUCUUCAAGACCAACGACCUGCUGCGAGGCAUUGAGGCCACCCUGGGCACCCGUGCCAGCGCCAGCUCCUUCCUCAACAUGUCACGUUGCUGCAUCAGGGCGCUGGCUGCGCACAAGAAGAAGAACACCCGCUCAUUCUUCCGGAGGACCCAGAUCUCCUUCAGCGAGGCCUUCAGCUUGGGGCAGAUCAGCCUUCACGCACUCAUUCUGCGUGUGAAGUCGCUGCGGCUGGCUGGCUGGGUCCUGGCCCUGCUUUGCUGGCUGUCGCCUGCCCCACACUGAGUGGGCUUUGUAUCCCCUUCCCUCUUUUGGUGCGACUCUGUGGUGGACAAGGGGUCUUUUCACUCAUGCUUUAGUCAUGUCUCCACCAGUUGCCCUAUUUCUGCCACAUGCUGGCCUGGAGACCCAUGGUCACCGUCCGUGGCACCAUUGGACCCAGCCUCUGGAAUUCCUGCCUCACACUGUAGCCCCUGUCUCUGGGCCACAAGCCAACCCAUGCAGUAGGUUUCUCUCCUUAUCCAGGGAGAUGGCAUACAGUCUGCCCUCUGACUUCUGGCAUGUGCCAUCGGGUUGAAUGUCCCUCCACUUCCGCUAGCCCUCCCUUUGUCAGCAUGGACCAUGGAUUCCACUGAGGGCACAUUUAACUUGUAGGAAGUUUGAUUUUGUUGGCGGGGAGCAUGGCCUCUGAGCUUGCUGGAGACAAGUUCCCUGUCCUUGCCCUGUCACUCCUCACAGGGGAGUGGCUUGGCCUCCGAGGCAGGCUGUGCAGCAGCCAUGGGUUCAGGUGUCGUGGGGACCCCUGUGGUAUUUUACGUACUGUGUUUCAAUAAAACCCCUCAGAAUUGCAGGGCAGGUCUUGCUCGGUGGGAAUUUUAUUCUAGGUUGGGAGUGAGUCAGGAGGCAGGAGCGGACCCGGAUGCUGCACGCUGCUGUGUUCUGCUUGGCUUCUUGCCUCUGCAUUCCUCCAGCCUGCCCCUGUGGGGCCACUUCCUGCUUCUUGUAGGUUUCUCUCAUCUUCUAAGACUUAGACCUUGGUUGCAGUUGCCCAAAGACCAAGGCCAGGAACUCAGAGGCUCAGCUGGAACCUCAGACUUUGGUUCCCCUAGGUUCUCACUUUCUUCCCUGUGACCUGGCACCUGCCUUGUUCUACUAACUGCUUCCUGACCUAGCCCUUUGGUUCAUCAUUCCAUGCCCUCUGUCCUGGAGACUGUAGUCUGAACCUCACUUAUCAUGGGUAGAGUUCCACUCUGAAACUCCUUGUCACCUGUCUGGACACUCUGCUUCACCUAUUGCCUGCAGCCAGCUGCCCCUCUCCCAGCAUGACCAUCUGCUCCUGUUUCUGGGACAUCCCAGACUCCUGCUUUGAUGGCUGUGCCUGUGUGGUCUCCAGGUGCUAUUGGGUUGGAUGUCCUCCUACUUCCGUUAUAAUUCUUCCUGUGUCAGGAUGGACCAUGAACCCCAGAGAGGGCACAUUCAACUUGUAGGAAGUUUGAUUUUGUUGGAGGGGAGCAUGCUGGAGCUUGCUGGAGACAGGUUCCCUCUCCUUGCCCUGUCACUCCCGAGGUGUCACACCCAGAUUUGGUAGCUCCUAGCUCUCGCUGAGCACCCUUGCUCAUAGUCAAUAGUUGUAUGAGUCUCUCUGAUCUUACUUCACCCCAUUCAUGGGGCAGAAAACCCCCAGAUUUGAGACUUAUUUUCUGUUCUCAUGAUUCAUAAUACAAGCAGAUUUUCCACUGACCAGAGAUGAUUCACAAUCCCUUUCUUUCCUGAAAGAAUUAAUUGUUCUUAGUGACCAGUUGGAUGUACUUAGGGGCCUGAGAGAAUAAUUUGUAAGAUCUGUUACUAAUCACGAGGAUGCUUACUAGAUAUUAUAUUUUAUGGUGUCUUUUAUAGCCACUGAAGUAAAUAUAAAUGUCCUUUUGGUUCAA